AUGUCCGACAUAGCAAAUAGUGGAACAUUUUUGCAAGCGUCAUCCCCAAUCGACUCUGCUCUUUUCUUUGUUUUUGCUGCUUUUAUUCUUAACGUCAUCGUCGUGAUAAUAGCAUUCUGCUAUUUCGAUCCGGCACCCCAUGAACCUGCUCUCGUAUACCGUACCUACCAUACAUUACGUCGUUUGAGUCGACGAAAUGCAGAAGCACGAAUUCGAAUGUCCAUAAAAUCAGAAGAACAAGAGGAGGAAAGCAACGAUUCACCGGCUCAAGUGCUCUUUGUCUCAACUCCUGGUCAACAACUACAUUGUGAUGUAUGCAAUUCGGUUUUGAAACUGGUAUAA